AAUAACAAAGAUGGCCGAAGAACAGGAGGUGAUACAAAUAGAGUUGCUGUGCAAGCAACUUUACGAGUCGCAGGACCCCGAAGUGCGGGACCGGGCUGAGAAGGCCGUCGUCGCUUUUCAGGAGUCCCCGGACACCCUGAGCAAAUGCCAGGCGCUGCUGGAGCGCGCGGACUCCGCGUACUCGCAGCUGCUGGCCGCCACCACCCUCGCCAAGCUCAUCAGCAGGUCCACAACGAGUUUGACGGUGCAGCAGCGCCUGGACAUCCGCAACUACGCACUCAAUUACCUCGCCACCCGCCCCAAGCUCGCUAACUUUGUUGUUCAGGCAUUGGUGGCACUGUUCGCACGCAUCACAAAACUGGGUUGGUUUGACAUGGUCAAAGAAGAGUUCGUGUUCCACAAUGUCAUGGGGGACGUCGGGACCUUCUUACAGGGUCCAGCAGAAAUGUGCACAAUAGGAGUGCAGCUGCUGUCGCAACUGGUUCUAGAGAUGAAUCAAGUAUCAGAGGCCGAUGCCAAUCGGUCGUUGGCUAAACACAGGAAGAUUGCUUCUUCAUUUAGAGACACACAACUGUUCGAGAUGUUCCGGCUAUCCUGCUCGCUCCUCUCGGGCGCGAGAGGGAAGGCACUAGACCCCCUAGACGCCAGCCAGCACGCCUUGAUCGCGAGCCUGCUCCGGCUCGCCCACAACUGCCUCACGUACGACUUCAUCGGCACGGCCGUCGACGAGUGCUCCGACGACCUGUGCACCGUGCAGAUUCCCACAUCCUGGCGUGGCUCAUUCCUCGGCGGCGGCACCUUAGAGCUGUUCUUCGAGCUCCAACAGUCUUUGAGCGGGGGCGGCCUGGCCGGGCUGGCGCUGGCCUGCCUGGUGCAGCUGGCGUCCGUGCGCCGCUCGCUGUUCGGCAACAACGAGCGCGCCAAGUUCCUCAACCGCCUGGCGCACGGCGUGCUCACCAUAUUGGAGAACACACAGGGCCUGUCCGAUCCUUCGAACUACCAUGAGUUCUGCCGGUUGCUGGCGCGGCUCAAGUCCAACUAUCAACUCGGCGAGUUGGUCAUGGUGGACAACUACCCUCGUCUUAUAGAACUUAUAGCGAAGUUCACAGUUCAGAGCUUACAAAUGUGGCAAUUCGCCCCGAACUCAGUGCACUACCUCCUCUCACUGUGGCAGCGUAUGGUGGCGUCCGUACCCUACGUCAAGGCUACGGAGCCACAUCUACUGGAGACGUACGCGCCGGGCGUCACCGCCGCGUACAUAGAGUCCAGACUCAACUCUGUGGCCGUCGUCGUCAGGGACGGCCUAGAAGACCCCCUGGACGAGGUGGGCUGCGUGCAGCAGCAGCUGGAGCAGCUGUCGGUGGUGGGGCGCUGCGAGUACGGCAAGACGUGCCAGCUGCUCGUGUCGCACUUCGACCGCGCCGCCGCCGCCUACAGCGUCGAGGGCAACGCGCACCAGCUUACAGUGCUCAGAGGGCAACUGACCUGGCUGGUGUACAUGAUCGGCGCCUGCAUCGGGGGCCGAGCGUCCGUCAACAUCUGCGACGAGAACGACGCCAUGGACGGCGAACUCGUCUGUCGGGUGCUGCAGCUCAUGGACCUCACCGACUCCAGGCUUGCCACUGGUGGCUGUGAGAAACUAGAGUUAGCCAUGAUGUCGUUCUUCGAGCAGUUUAGAAAAAUAUACGUCGGCGACCAGGUUCAAAAGAACAGCAAGGUGUACCGACGGCUGUCCGAAGUGCUGGGGCUGAACGACGAGAGCCGCUUGCUGAGCGUGCUAAUGAGGAAAAUCAUAACCAAUCUGAAGUACUGGGGAGGCUCGGAGCAGAUCAUAGCGAAGACCCUCGGGCUGCUCAGCGAUCUCAGCGGCGGGUACUCCUGCGUGCGGAAACUAGUCAAACUAGAGGAGGUUCAGUUCAUGCUGACGCAUCAUACGGCAGAGCAUUUCCCAUUCCUGGGCAUAACCGGAGUGGGCACGACGGAGAUGCGAUGUCGCACCAUGCUGUACACGGCGUUGGGGCGGCUCCUCAUGGUGGAGCUGGGCGAGGACGAGGAGCGCUUCCACGCCUUCAUGAUGCCGCUCACGGCCGCCUUCGAAAGCCUAGUCAGCCUGCUAGGGCCGCCGGAGAGCCCCCUGUUUUCGUCAGAGGACGCCAAAAAGACGCUGAUCGGUCUAGCGCGGGACCUCAGAGGUCUGGCCUUCGCCUUCAACACCAAGACCACCUACAUGAUGCUGUUCGACUGGAUUUACCCUGUAUACAUGAAGGUGCUUCUCCGCGGCAUCGAGACCUGGUUUUCGGAGCCGGCGCUGACCACGCCAGUCCUCAAGCUAACAGCCGAGCUGGCGCAGAACCGCAACCAACGCCUACACUUCGAUGUAUCGUCUCCUAACGGGAUCCUGCUCUUCAGGGAGCUGUCUAACAUCAUAUGUGCCUAUGGCAGCAGAAUACUAACGAUAGACGUGAGCAAGAAGCAAAUGUACGCGAUGAAGCUGAAGGGCAUCUCGCUGUGCUUCUGCAUACUGAAGGCCGCGCUGUGCGGGAACUAUGCCAACUUCGGCGUGUUCAGGUUAUACGGUGAUGAAUCCUUGGACAACGCGCUCAACAUGUUUGUCAAGUUACUAUUAAGUAUACCUCAAAGCGAUCUCUUAGAUUAUCCAAAGCUGUCACAAACGUACUACGUGCUCCUGGAGAGACUAGCACAGGACCACAUGGCGUUCCUAGCGUCCCUCCAGCCCGAGGCCACGCUGUACGUGCUGUCCUCCAUCUCCGAGGGACUCACGGCGCUGGACACGAGCGUGUGCACGGGAUGCUGCGCGACGCUGGACCACAUAGUCACAUAUCUAUUUAAGCAAUUAGUACACAAAUCAAGCAACAAAAUCCCUCACGGGCGGCAGCCGGAGACGAGUAACAUGUUCAUACAGGUGCUGCAGCAGCGGCCCGAGAUCAUGCAGCAACUGCUGGCCACGGUCCUCAAUGUGAUAAUGUUCGAAGACUGCUGCAACCAGUGGUCCAUGUCGCGGCCGCUGCUCGGCCUCAUCCUGCUCAACGAGGAGCAGUUCAGCCGCAUCCGAGCCGAGAUGAUCGCGCAGCAGCCCCGGGACAAGCAGCCCCAACUAGCGCAGUGGUUCAGCGGACUCAUGCAGGGCAUCGAGCCCAACCUGCUCACCAAGAACAGGGACAAAUUCACGCAGAACCUGUCGAUGUUCCGGCGCGACAUCAACGAGCUGCUGAAGGGCGCCGUCAGCGGCGCCGCCUGCAACGACAUGAUGACGUCCUAGGUCACACACACACACACACACACACACACACCCGCAUGGAGCACACAUACAGUACACAUGGACACACACACGCAACUUAUGUUUAACAAUAUAAUGGAAAUUACGAACUAAAACGGGAAGGCGCCAUGUGCAAUGGAUCCAAGGUUAGAUACCAGUUUAAUUUUGUCCUACAUAUGUCGUGGCCAGAUCAUUGAAUUUGAUCAUUUUAUGAAAUCCCAUUUUAUCAUGAUAUGGUUAGGUUAGUUUUGACUUUUUCAUGACAUAGCCAACCGAUAAAAUCUGGCCACGACACAUACAAAAGCUUGGCAUCAAUCUAAAUUUUACAAUUGAGACCAAUAAACUGGUAAAAGCGGCGUCCACACAGAGGGAUCCACCUCCCGAUGUAACAGCCGCACAAAGCAGCUCGCACCGUGUAGACGUACGUACAGAGCCACCGCGAACGCGGCCAUGAUGUAGCGCUGCUCGCUCCGCGCGCACUGGCGCCGCCCUGGCGGGUGUGGGACAUAUUAAAUUGACCGUUGGCAGCUGCAGUUGAAAAUGUCGUCCCACAAAAGUUCAUAUUUUCAUCACGUGCGUUGAGGUGGCUUGUAUUACCCACAAUAUAGAUCGUAUUAUCCACGAAGACGCGCCCCACUAUCUUUUGAUUGAGGAUGUGGGGGGGGGGGGGGGGGGGGGUUGACGUCCGUCGUGAGCGGGCAGCCGCUCGGUGCCCACGAGUAGCGACGUCCACGUUACACUGAUCUAGACUCGUCGUGAAUGUUACUCCACGUCAUAUUAUUUUCAGAAUUUCUAAGAAUUCUCAGCGGGUUGUAUUAAAAAGUCAGGUAUAUGUUAUUUAGUAUUGAUUUUUAAUAUUUAUACUAAGUAAUGACUAAACCGCCUGUUACCGACGCGCGGUAACACAACAAAUGUUUUAUCUUUUUAUAAACGUGACACUAGAGUCAAACCAAGACAAGUCUGCGACGAUUUUGCUAGCACACGCAGUGCAAGUGUUAUUUAAAAAGUCAAACUUCUAUUAAAUUAUAACAAAUCGUACUAAGUCGCGGUAAUAGGCUCUGAUUUGUGCAGCUAUGUUCUCGCAAGGCAGAUCUAUCUGUGUGCCUGCCCAUUGAAAUAUCGUUAAUGAAAAACAAAGAAAUAUAAUCCGAUCAAGGAAAAGUAAUGCCCGAUGACAUUUAUAACAGAGCUACAUAGAUAUUGCAAUAACUAUUGUAUCUAGAAAAUCCUUGUACAUAAACUGUAGAUGUUAAGCUAGACUGUGUACCCGGGUUGCAUGAUAUGCACAUUAAAUAGUUUGAUUUUAUGCCUAAUCAGCAGUGAUCGGAAUAGGCAGAGUAUAAAUACCUAAAGUUAAUAGAACAAAGUCCGGAGACUGCCUUGCGAUAACAUUUUUUUCCGGAACAAAAGUCCCGGAACGGACUAAGCAAAUAAUAUUGUUUUAUUUUAGGCCUAUUGAUUGUAUUGGGCAAAAACGAGGAAUGCAUUGUUUUUUACUGUAUUUAUAACAAUAUUUGCGUGAGGCCACACUGAUGCGUUGCGUUGCGUCGUUAUAUAUAUAUAUUUUAUGACAUACCACAUUAAAUGCGUUAAAUGCGUGGCCUGGCCCUUAACCCUUUCUGUACGGGGACUUGGAACGCCUAGCACCGCCUCAAUACGGGCAUGUCUUUGCGAGAGUCGGCGGUUAGACAUAUUUUCACUUACGUGUAUUUUCUGAAAUAUAACAGCUGUGCUGUUGAAAUUUUGUACACACAUUAAAAACAUUAUGCACUUUUGAUAACUACUCACUUAUUGCACUUAUAAUCACUAGUACUUUAUAUUUCACGCGUAAUAUCUCUCACUAAAAAAAGUAUAAAUGUAAGUUACUACAAGCGAUUUUAACUAUUGUUAGUUUUGUAAAUAAUAGUUUAUGAUAUUUUGAAUAGAACAAGGCCUUGAAAUGAUAAUAAUUAUUAACAAAAUGCAAAAAUAUCAACCGUUUUAAUGCAACAUAAAAACACGACUGCCAUUUGAAUAAAAUAGUGAUGUGCACCUAUCGAUACAGUUGUCGAUAUUUAUCUGUACUGCUCAAGGGUAAAAAUAAAAAAGUGAAGCAGAGAUCAUUACUAUUUUAAUCUUAAGAACAUAUUAUUAUUGUUUAUUACCAUACACUGUAAUAUAAUCCAAUUUUAUAACUUUUUUUUAUAAUUAUUCUAUAAAUCACGAAAUUUACAACUAUAACACUUGCAACUAGCCUAACUACUAAAACUCGAUGAAAUAUAAAACAACACUAUUUGCCGCCAUAUUGAGUUACUUUUUCUGCACUCGUGGAGUACGGGUGUCAACCCCAGUUGACAAAAAAAAUGCGGGAUUUUUAAAUAAAUAUUUGUUUUAACGCCAUCUACCAGAAUGUUUUGCCAUUUUUUUCUUUGAAUCUAUACUAAUGCUACUACUAAAUAUCAUCGUUAUUACCAACAUAUAAGGUCUAAGUUAGUUGAAAAAAAAAUUCAAACUUCGUCCUUGUUUCGAUCAACUAUAGUUGACACCCGUACUACAGUGAUGAUGCUUAAUUGGCAACUCUGGUUGUCACCCGUACAGAAAGGGUUAAUAGUGAAUACGCGAAACUCUGCGUAGGGGGCGCCACUACCUCAAUCCAUCAUAAUCUGAGGGUCUACCGCAAAACAAGAGACUAAAUUUCCUUAUAUAACUUCUCUAUCACUCUUGCAUAUGCGAGCUAUGGAGAGGCAGAUAACUAAAUUUCGAUUUUCGCGUUUCCCGGUAGGCCCUUUGCUUUGUAAACAAACCGCCUUGAUGCAUCAAUGCCAUAUUUUAUUAUCUGUGAAAACUUGUCGAAAAACAGUUAAAGGCACAGUGUGUAUAAGUUACUCUAUGGUUUAGGAAAGGUGCUAGUGCUGCACUCUAGCGGCAGAACAUUGCUGUAAUAGGGAGUCCCUAUUACCUAGUAUGUUUCCGGGAGUUUAGUCUCAGAAAAAAAUGUUAUUGAACCUCUCUCCACUUUAUGACUUUGUUCUACCAAGAGUAGGUAUUUUUACUCUGCCUAUUCCGAUAACUGCUAAUCAGUAAGGAAAGAGUGGUUUUGACAGUCAUUUCCCCACAGAAAGUCAGAAUUGCCAUGUAACACGCAACUUAGAAAAAUAUGCAAAAGGCUCUUUGGAUUUUUUUUCAUAUGUACCAAUUUUUCCCGUAAUUAUUUAGGUAGUCCACAUAUUGCAGCGGACAGAAAAUUAGUAUCUAAAAUAUUGUUUUGUGAAAAACUUACUUUAAAAUUCCCAUGUUAUUGUAAAACACUCGCGUUUGCUCAUGUUUCACGGUAUCACUGUAUCGUGAGUGAGUUAUUUUCUGAAAUCGUAAUACAUAUUUUUUUCAUGUAUAUUUUUCUGAUUUGAAUAUUGUUGUAAAAUGCCGUAGAAUGUAGUUAUUAUGAUUAGUGUGGUAACAUUCAUGCCUACCAAUGUAAUAGAAUAGACGUUUUAGUACAGUCGUUGUCAGAUUUAUCGGAGCGGCCAAGGUGCUCAAAAAUAUCUGAGCAUGCACUUUAACGUUUUUAAAGUAGAGGAUUCGUUCAGAUAUUUGUAAACACCUCGGCCGUUCCGAUAUAUCUGAUGGCAGUUGUACACUUAACUGUGUGCAAUGUGCGGGUGGUGCAUUUACUACACUCUAGAGCAUUUAAAACGGGUCAUUUUCUAAUAGAAUUUCCUUAUAAAUUGACCCGUUUAAAAAGCUUCGUUAAAUGACUAGAUUGCGUCAUCGUGUCGAAAUGUAAUGAUUAAUGAAUUUUAUUUUAAAUCGAUGUAUGUAUUUUAUUCGAGUGUUAGUGACGAGCGAAUUGUUGAUCAUGAUUGUGUUGCGAGCAUUCAUAAAUUAAUAUGGUCAAUAAGUUACUGGAUUAAGGCCUGUACGGUCACGUCUGAAAAUAUCUGUACGGACAAAGUGCCAAAAAUAUGUAUACAUUACCCUAAUAUAUGGGCCAUAAUGUCUUGGAUACAUAUUUUUGGCACUUCGAUCGUGUCGAUGUUUUCAGACAUGACUGUACACACCGGAUGUGUGUGGGUAGGCUUGCACGUGCGCGUAGUAAUAUACAGAUGUUUAUGAGAUAUGCGACACCGCUUGCGUGGCGCGUGCGUGCACUGUUCCAGUAUUCUAGCACGUGCAAGUCUACGCGCGCGCAGCCAGGGAGUUUUGGCCUCUAAGCCAAAUUUGACCAAGAUUAGCUGAAGUUUAAGUAAAGUUUUUCUAACAGUGAAUUUUUUACAACUCAAAAAAGGGGUAAUUUUUACACUCUUUAUGAAAAUUAAAUAUUAGAUGUAGGUAAAAUCGUAAUCUUGGAAAGUGUUAAUUGUGCAUUUCAAUUAUUUUGUUGCUUAACACCGAACCACUGAAUAAAUAAUAGUACUACCGUACAGAAAGGAAACUUCCUACAAAACCGAAGUUCGACAGCGAUUCAGGGACGAAUCAAGCUGUCUUUCGUUUAUUUAGGGUUGUCAAAAUUCAAGUGAUUAUCUUAUCUGUGGAUUUAAACGUAAAGGGACGUCAAGUUGUGCCAACCCUAAUAAUUGCAAUGCUGAGCCGAACGGAGUUAGUGAAAGUUAUUGUGAACCUUAUCGCAAUGCAGGAAGGUUGAUAUUGGGUUGUAGCCGUGCGCUUCAUUUCACGUCUUUGACAGACACAGGGUUAAAAUCACUGUUAGGAAAUCUGUACUGCAUGAUUUUAAGUCUAAUAUGUCUUGUGUUACAAAUGAUUACGGACGCAAUUUUGAAAAACCUGAAACUUUGUUCAAAGCUAUAAGGAUACCUUUGAGUAAAUGUGGCUUUCCAUCACAGAAGAAUCCUUAUGCUUCAAGUGCAAUAAUGACCUUUUUAUCUGAAAUUCUAAUAGAAUGGUAUUUAUUGCACAUGAAGCAUAAGGGUACUUUUCUAUGGAAGGCCACAAAUAAUCUUUCUUGUCUUGAGUGAACAGGAGAGACCGUUUUGUUUUAAAACUGAGCAUUGUGUGUACAAGCAACUUUUAACUUUUCUGUUCUUUUUUUUUUCCAUUUCAGUUUAACGUAAUAUUGUACCGUUCAGUGUUGGACGAACGUUCAUUAGAGUUCACCAUUAAAAACGAGGAAAAUGCACACGCCGCCUCGGCCGAGGCACGUCUAUACUGGCCGGUUUGUGCGUGAGGAAAUUGCCUCGCACGUACGUGCUCGCUCGCUCGCUGUGUGUGGACCCCACUAAUGGUCAAUUCUAAUUAACAUUCGGCCAACACUGAUACCAUUAUAUGUUUGAAAUAUACAUUUCAAAACAUGAUUGGUCUUGACGUCACUUCAUCUAGCUCCACUGGAAUGUAUUUUUUUAAGGGGCAUUAGGGUAAAUUACAGAAUCAUUAAAUUUUGGCAAAUCAAUCACUACAUAUACUUUGACAACGGAGUCGUCUUGGUAAUAGUGCUCCUAUACUGUGAGUUAUAUAACAUUGUGUGACAUCGACAGCAUAAUGUAACUAUUAAUACUAUCACAUUGUCCUUGUCACACGAUAUAAGAUUAUACACCGUGGGCUGGUAAACUCCGACAGAUUGUAAAGGUGUAUUCUAUACCGCAUUUAAAGACUAAAAUGUCAUACAAAGUCUUCUAUAUUAUUAUUUCAGAGAUAAUGACAAUUCUUGUGAAAUUUGUUUCUGUAAAAACCAAUGAAAUACGCCUUUUUGGUUGCGUCACUGCCACUAUGUGACUUAAUUUAGACAUACCUACUGACAGACAUGGUUUUAAAGGAAACUCGCAAUUUUAUCUGUAAAUAAAAUAAUAACUAUUUAAUUUUGUCUUGCCCCAAUAAAAUAAUUUUCUAUUUAUUUGUUGUAAUGUUUUUUUUUUGCCAAGAUGUAAAAAUAAAUAAUGUGUCGUGUACAGAAAAGGCAAUAAUUUUUGACUGAUAACUGCCAGUGUGGGAGCACCAUCACGUGACUAUUACCAAAGUGCAACUUGUAUUCAAAUAAUACUUUCUUCAAAUUUUCCUAUUCCGUACUACAUAAUAGAAAAGUUAAAAAUUGCUAUACGAACACGAGAAUUGAUGGUUAUUCCCACUAGUUACUACCCGUUACUAAAAUACUAGUAGUUACCACCAAACCGAACAAAAACUAGGUUGGUGGUAACUGCUGUUUUUUUUUCCAUUAGUUACCACUGGUAACAACGUGGUAACUAGUGGGAAUAACCCGAUAUGCUCUGCAUGUGACAUGCCUUGAGGCGCCUAGUGUAACUGUAAAGUGUUGGUUCCGUAUACCCUAGCCUUGUAUACUUGGAUGUUAGCGUAGAGCGGCCGAUGUAAAUAGUUUAUGAAAUACAUUGUGAUUUGUACAAAGUC